UUUUUCCUGCUCUACACACCGGCGCUGGAAAUGGUCGCACUGUGGAAUUUAUGUGGAAUUAAUAAUAGGUUGCUGGAUCUCAGUAGCGAUUGCUCUGUACAACUAAACCGAGGAAGUGACCGACAAACGACGAGUAGGACGAUGAAGCAUUUCACGGGUUAAACAAAUCAUAAUCCUUCCCUAGGAUGGACAAUUACUUCAAAGCUGCUGUAUGUGACUUGGACAAACUCCUGGAUGACUUUGAAUUAAACCCAGAGGAGGCUGAGAACUCUACAGCGUUCACAAAUUCUGCAUCCCAGGACCCAACUCUUUACUCGCAAUACUUUAUACCUGAGCGAUCCACGGUUUCACAAACUCUCCCUGAUGUAAAUUCCCUGAAUUAUGGUCUAACUGCACCUAUUAGUGCUCCUACACAAAGAGAUCAAGAUGCAAAAGGGAGGGUCUUGACAGGUGUUGACCUCCUAUCCUCUGUUGACAGCAGAGCUUCCAAAAGCUUGACUCCUCCUUGUCCAGAUAGAUCCUUGAAACCCAUAUGUGAUCUUGUUAAUGAUACAGGAUCAGCUAGUCUCCCAUGCACAAAUAGUCACGAUGCCUUCAAAGAGCCAGAUGUUGCAGAGAAACAGGUUGAGGAGGAGCUACUGGUAGAUUUUGAUAGUCCAGCUGUUAUAUAUCCAGAGAACUUGAAGCCUGGGCAUGAUGACUUACAGGGACUGGAAGCUGGCGGACAUUUUGAUGGUCCCUCAAACUGUUUUAGUUUGUUGGACGUUAUAUUGCCUGCAGCUGUGGAGAGGACUGCUGAACCUCAAAUUAUUUCAAAUGACCUAGACCCUUUAGAUAAUGAUGAUCAGAUUGAGCAGCCUCAAAGUAGCUGUCCAGUGCUGUCUAAUUCAUCUGAACUCCAAAGCAACUCCCAGUGCAUUUUAGAACCUGAAAUAAAUCCUAAUAGCCUGAUCUGUUCACAUGUAACACACGAGGACACUGAAGCUAUUGCUGAUGCCAGUACAAGUCUGCCAAAUGUACCAGAUAAGGAACAUUCAGUCGAGAGCGGAAACGUGGACCACAAACUUACCCCUGCAAUUGCAACAAGUGAAAGAGAAUCUUCUCUAUCCUGCCUUCCCAUUAAUGUAUCCAUGUGUGGAUCUCUUGUGGCCUCUUUAGAUCAGGAGGAGAUGGAGGCUGAUACCAAAGACAGCACAGAAAUAUCUAUUGCUGAAUCUAAAGAGACCCUGGUCAUUGAAGAGACUGAGAAUUUAAUUGCUCCAUCUGCAGAAGUUGUGGCAUCCCAAUGUCUUAGGCAGCCAGAUUCUUCACCUGAGGAUGAGCCUGAACUGGUAAAAAUAAUGUCAAACCAAGCAAUGUCAACAUCUCUUACAACUUCUCUCUGUAACAGAACUUUUGAAUGCAGCUUAUCUCAUUCAGAAAAUCUUAUAUCCAGAGAUUUACCAGAGAGUAGCCAAGCUUCCAGCAAAGUGCAGAGCCCUGAUUACCAAAUAGAGUUUGAUUUUACCAGUGAUUACCUCCCUGAAAGUGAGCAGAAUAGGAUGCUGGUCACUGAUGAAGAGCUAGAUGCUUAUCUUAUGGGUGAGGCACAGAGAAACAGUUCUGAGGUAUCAGCUGAGAAAUAUGUGGAUGAAGGCUUUUCAGAAUUUAAUGGAGAUUUAGAGGGAGAGUUGCGCAGCUGCCCAGUUGAUUCAUUUGCCUCACCUGAAAGUGACCAAUCUCUUCGGUUUUUAGAUGAGAGUGAAGAUUCCAAUGUUUCCUCCUCAUCUCAAGAGAGUAUUUCCUUCAAACCAGACCUCACACAAACGGAUAAUAUGGAAGACAUGCCGUGUUCGACUGAGAAUCAUUUAGUCUGCAACCCAAACCAGUCACCGUGUUAUGGUGGAGCCCGACCAAAGCAGCUAUCCAGCCAAAAUAUACGACCAUUUCUUCCACAAGAGGGACAGAAUAGCCAGUCUGAGGAGAAUGUGUUGAUUUCUGACGAAGAGAACAUCUCUCCUGUAACUCCUAUGCUGAGACAGAUUUCUAACCACAGUGACAGUAACUUUAAAACUACCAGUCAUGGUGACAGCUGUGAUCACAUGUAUGGUCAUGAAGAGCUUUCAGAGCCACCUCCCUACCCAGGAGAGAUUCCUGGAGAAGCAGUCGAUCAGUCAGGAACAGAGGAUAGAGGUCUUGGAUGGAGGCAGCCACCCUGGGUUCCAGAUUCUGAGGCACCUAACUGCAUGAAAUGUGGACAGAAGUUCACUUUUACCAAGAGGAGACAUCACUGCAGAGCAUGUGGCAAAGUAUAUUGUGCCAUUUGCUGCAACCGUAAAUGCAAACUAAAGUACAUGGAGAAAGAGGCCAGAGUUUGUGUGGUCUGCUAUGAAACUAUACAAAGAGCUCAGGCCAUUGAGAGAAUGAUGAGCCCUACCGGGCCUAGUCCAAAUCCUAACAUCCCAUCCGAGUACUGCUCCACAAUUCCUCCCAUGCAGCAGGCUCAAGCAGCAGGAACCCUCAACUCCCCACCCCCUACCGUCAUGGUGCCGGUGUCCGUUCUCAAGCAUCCUGGUAAUGAUGGAUUCCCGAGGGAACAGAAGCAUGUCUGGUUUGCUGAUGGAAUACUGCCUAAUGGCGAGGUGGCAGAUACGACUAGGCUUUCUGUAAGACCACGGAGGUCCUCUCAGGAGUCCAGCCCUGUUACGCCAGACCCUCCAACUAUAUGGUCUACUAGCAAAUUCCCUGAAGGAAGUGAGGGUACAGCACACAGCUCAGAGUCCAGUUCCGAGACACCAAGGAAGGCAGUCAACGGGCCCUGGGACUAUGCAUUACUCUGUGGCCUGGGCAGCUGUGUGGAGUGUGCUCCAAGUCUCCUGCCUGAUGAUGAUGAUGGGCUCCCACCUCUGCUCAUCACCACAGGAGAGGAGGAUGAAGGGGAUUUGUUAGUGGAGGAGCGUCCAGCUGCCUGUCAGAUUAUGCUGCUGCUAGAGGAAGGAGGUCCGAGACCCUUGACCUUUGUGCUCAACGCCAACCUCGUGGUCAAUGUGAAGCUGACUGCAUAUUGUGAGCGGAAGUGCUGGUGUUUAAGCUCUAACGGUCUUCAGGGAGUCGGUCAGAGAGAACUGGCGUUCAUUAUUGAACGUUUCCCUGAGGAGAACAGUCUGCCUAGAGACGUCUUCAGUCUUUACAUCAACAUAUACCAAGAUGCACAGAAGGGGAAAUAUAUUGAGGAACUUGGCAAUGUGACAUUUGCAGACAGUUUUCUGGGCAGUAAAGAACAUGGUGGGUUCCUUUUUCUCUCUUCGAGCUUUCAACCUCUGGAGGGCCUUGGCCUGCCUCACACCUCCUUCCUAUUUGGGGUCCUCAUUCAUAAAUUGGAGGUACCCUGGGCAAAAGUGUUCCCUCUUCGCUUAGUACUCAGCAUGGGAGCAGAAAAUAAUGUGUAUCCCUGUCCUUUGGUUAGUGUCCGGUUUCGUGAGUCUAUCUUUAAAGAGACUGGACAUACCAUCAUGAACCUGCUUGCAGACCUGAGGAACUACCAGUACAGUGUGCCUGUAAUCAACAGCCUGAGGAUCCACAUGGAAGUGGGGAACAUCUAUAUUGACAUACCCAAGUCCAAGUUUAAUGAGAUGCUGAAAGUGGUGAAUUCUUCCAAUGAGCAUGUAAUAAGUGUUGGGGCGUGCUUCAGUAUUGAUGCAGACUCGCACUUAAUCUGUGUCCAGAAUGAGGAUGGAAGCUACCAAACACAAGCCAAUAGCAUUCAGGGAAAGACCAGAAGAGUGACUGGCGCAAGCUUUGUUGUUUUUAAUGGUGCUCUGAAGGCCUCUUCAGGAUAUAUUGCCAAAUCUAGUAUUGUUGAAGAUGGGUUAAUGGUGCAAAUCCCCCCAGAGACAAUGGAGGCUUUGCGCCAGGCCCUACGGGAUCAGACAGACUUUCAGAUAACCUGUGGGAAAACUGAAACAGCGCCAGAGGACAGAGAAAACGUCAACAUACGCUGGGUGGACUGGAUGGCUCCCAGCAAUACAGGCCUCAUCAGUCCCAUAGACAGGAAGUCUCUAGAGGGUGUGACUAGUAUCCAUGUCCAGCAGGACUCCGGGUUUGAAAUGGAUGGGCGGGCUAUCAAGUGUACUGAGGUUUUUUACCUCCUGAAGACCCCAGACUGCUCCUACUCUGCCAUUCUUUCUUCCUGCUCUCAGUUCCAAAGGGAGAUUUCCACUGCCAGCUGUGCAGCACUGUGUCCUCAUCUUUCUGUCCUUAUUGCAAAUGGAAUUAACCAUCUUGCACUUCGAGUCUCUACUGACACUGACAUGGUUGAAUACCAAGCCGGUUCAGGUGGAAGCCUCCUGCCGCAGAAAUAUAUGAAUGAGUUGGAUGGGGCUCUGAUACCUGUUAUUCAUGGUGGAAGCUCCUGCGUCCCUCAUCAAGCCAUGGACAUGGAGUUGUUUUUUUACAUUACGCAGACCCUUUGAGUUUAAGAGCAGCACCCUCUACUGACAGGAAUAUUGUCCUUUCUUUAAAUUAAUCACGAAGCUGGACAAACGCGGACAAAUAACUGAGCAGACUUUUAACCCUAAUGAGGUAUGGGAAUGAGUGAAACUUCUGUGAACUGGCUGUAAUUGAUAUCCUGGCUCCUAAAAGUUCUUAAGAAUGACAUUGAAAUUUGUCUAUACGGGAUGUAUCUUGUUUUCUGGGUGCAUAAAUAGUAUUUUCUAUGAGAUUAAAGAAAAUGAGAGGCACUGCA